AUGAGCCGGAAGCUCGCCCCCAAAGCAAAUCGGAUUCUCUUCGUCAAGAACCUCAACUACAACGUAACAGCGGAGCAACUUUUCGAUCUAUUCGGGAAAUUCGGCCCUAUUCGGCAAAUUCGCCAGGGUAUCGCCAACAACUCAAAGGGAACGGCUUUCGUGGUUUACGAAGAUGUCCAUGACGCUAAGCAGGCAUGCGAUAAGCUCAAUGGAUUCAACUUCCAGAACAGAUACUUGGUCGUCCUAUACCACCAGCCCGAGAAGAUGGUCCGCUCACAAGAGGAUAUCACGGAGCGCCAGGAAAACCUGGAACGUCUCAAACAGCAGCAUGGGAUAGAGUAA